AUGAGCAGCCAUCAGACAGUAAAAAUCUUCAAGAAAUCUUCUAUCCCAGGAGUUGUUGUCACUCAGUUUGUGAAUGAUGUUCCAGAAGGAUGCAGUACACCUGAUUUUGAGAAGAAACCACUCACUCUGACUCUGCAGGAAGGGAAAGAUGCCAUUUUCAGAGCUGUGGUCAAAGGUGUCCCAGCUCCUGAGGUGAAAUGGUCACGUACACAGAAAGGAAUGGAUGAUCCCGCCAAAUAUCAAAUGUCCUUCAAUAGUGCUACAAAUGAAUUCAUUCUGCAGAUCAAGAGCCUGGCCCCGGGUGACAGUGACUUGUAUCGCUGCUGUGCUGUCAAUGCCUACGGAGAGGCCUCGUGCUCUGCUGGCCUCAGGAUCCUCCAAGUUGGCUUUAAGAGGAAGGCAAAAUAUGUUCCUGUUCAUGCUGCUGAUGAGCUCAAGAAGACACUCCAGGACUCCAGGAAGAUGCUGAGGAAGAGGGCUGCAGCACCAAAACCAAAGCCCCUGGACAAAGAAGCUGUGUGGCAGCUGCUGCUGAAUGCAGAUAGGAGAGAUUAUGAGAAAAUCUGUAUAAAAUAUGGAAUUGCUGACUUCCGUGGGAUGCUGAGGAAGCUGCAGGAGAUGAGGAAAGAAACGGAGAGUGAACAAGACAAGUUAGUUCACAGUCUCAAAAACUUUGAACACAUCAGAGUCAACAAGGAGGGAAAUGCUACCUUCAGCCUGGAGAUGGAGCUGAAAAACAGCAACAGCAACGUUUACCUGCUCAAGGACGGCGAGCGGCUGCGCUACGGCACCGGGGACGAGUACAGGAAGCACGGCCUGCGGCGGGUGGGCAGGCGCUACUGCUUCACCAUCAACGACGUGCAGCCCGAGGACGCGGGCGUCUACCAGGUCAGGGUGGAGGACGUCCCUGUCUUCUCAACAGAACUGGAUGCUCAAGCCAUCCCGGCGCGGUUCCGGCAGCCGCUCUCCGACGUGCGCUGUGCCGAGGCCGGCGACGCCGAGUUCCAGUGUGUGCUGUGCACGCCCUGCCACCAGCCCCUGUGGCUGCACAAAAGCCGCCCCCUCCAGGCCAGCGACAAGCACCAGAUAUCUGUGACACCCGAUGGCCUGAGCCACAAGCUGACCGUGAGGAACGUGGGGCCCUCGGACAGUGGCCUGUACACGCUCGACGCGGGACAGGGCUCCUCCAGCGCCUGGCUCCUCGUGGAGUAUGCCAAAGGAAAGAGGAGUCAGGAUGAAGAAGAAAAGAUUGUAAGGGAGACAUCUGAGUGGCUGAAAGAAACAAUGGCAGACAACGAAAGGGCGAGGAAGCUUCGGCGCCAGGAGCAAGCUGCUGCUGAAGAGCGUGCUUCCUUCUCCACAUCCUCUGCUGGGGAGAAAAGUGGCUGGCGCAGAACAGAUCAAGGCAGCAGUCAAGGCAGGGGCCAAGCACACUCCCUUGAUUCUGGAGAUGGAAGCCAAAUUUUUUUGGGAAAAGAAGGGCUACGCAAAACCCACAUGAAUGGAGAGAUGGGGUCUGGGCAGUUUUCUGGAGCAGGUCUAGAUGGAGACUCAGCAGCCAAUGAUGGCAGCAUCUUUGGACUGAAAGGGGGCAGAAGUGGGUUAAGGGCUGUCCAUGGCAUGGACUCUGUGUCAGGCACUGCAGGUCCUGGUGGUGCAGGAGGACGGGCAGGUGAACGGAAUUCUGUAGAUGGCAGAGGUGAAGGUUUGCUGAGUGCUGUUGACAUUGACAUGGGUGAUGGAGAAGGUUUGGGCUCUCAGCGUGACAAGGAUGGGAAUUUAGGUGAUGCCAGUUACAGAGCUGGUUUUGGGGGUGCUGGGAGGUUGGGUGGUGGAAGUUCUGUGCCAGAUGGGCUUGAUCCUGAUUCAGCUGGAGUGGGAGCCAGUGUGGGUGAUCUGUUCAGCAGGACUGGUCCAGGAACUGGAGCUGGGGGGAAUGCUGCAAGUGCUGGAAUGGCAGGAGGAAUGAGGUUCCACCAUGGCAAGGAUGGGCAUGCCACUGUGGGUGAUAUGAAUGGAGCAGGUAUAAACAGAGAGGGACAAACAGGGACUCCCUAUGGCAAGGAUGGUCUGACACCUCAUGCCAGUGGUCAGUUAGGGCAGACAGGAAGAUCUGGCUCAUUGUAUGGGCCAGGAGGCCUUCCAGGUGGAGAUGGAGCUACACCUGGUAGAGGUGGCAAUUCCACAGGAGAAAUGGAGGUUUUGUAUGGUCCAGAUGGCCAGGCACUGGGAGCAGGUGCUGGUGGAGUUGGUGCAGGGGGAUUUGGGUCUCCCUAUGGAAAGGAUGGUCUCCCAGCUGGCUCUGGUUUUGGGGGUGUUGGUGCAGGGGGACUUGGAGCUCCCUAUGGGAAAGAUGGUCUUCCAAUUGGAGCAGGUGCUGGUGGGGCUGGUAGUGCAGGGGAACUUGGAUCUCUCUAUGGGAAGGAUGGUCUCCCAGCUGGGGCUGGUGGUGCUGGUGCAGGAGGUUUUGGAGAGGCUUUGUAUGGCCCAGAUGGUCGGCCACUUGGGGCAGGUGUUGGUGCUGGUGCUGGUGCAGGGGGAUUUGGAGCUCCCUAUGGAAAGGAUGGUCUCCCAGCUGGAGCAGGUACUGGUGGUACAGGAGGAUUUGGGGAGGCUUUGUAUGAUGGUCGGCCACUUGGAGCAGGUGUUGUUGCUGGUGGUGGUGCAGGGAGAUUUGGAUCUCCCUAUGGGAAGGAUGGUCUCCCAGCUGGAGCUGGUGGAACUGGUGUAGGAGGACUUGGAGAGGCUUUGUAUGGCCCAGAUGGUCGGCCACUUGGAGCAGGUGUUGGUGCUGGUGCUGGUGCAGGGGGAUUUGGAUCUCCCUAUGGGAAGGAUGGUCUCCCAGUUGGAGCUGCGAUGGGAUUGGGCCGUGGCACGGAUGCCACACUGAGCAGAGCUCCGGGAUAUGCAGGUGGAGCAGGAGGAGAGGGCUUUCCCAGGGAAGGCUCUGCCCUGUGGGGUGCAGGGUCUCCCUAUGGUGAGGACAGAGGCUCAGGUGUAGCCACAGCUGGUGCAGGUGGAGCUGGGAGGCUUGGACAGGAUGGAUGGGAUUCAGUUGGUGGUAAAGGAGGUGUGGGAGCUGCUGGUGGCCCAGGAGGUGAAUAUGGGCUGGAUGCACAUCUUGGCAGAUCUUUGAGAGGUGAAACUGGAAAGGGCACUGCCAGUGAUGUCAGAGGGCCAGGGAACAAAGGUUCAGCUGGUGACAGAGGGUCCCUGUCAGGUCCAGGAGGAGCCAGGGGAGAGGGAGGAGAUUUCACACAGUUGGGCUCCCUUUAUUCUGCCUUUGGAGAGGCAGGGAGUAAAUCCCAUGACAGAUCUGUUGACGGGAGUAGCUCAGGUGGGUUUGGUCAAGGUCCACUGAGUUAUGGCCAGGUGUCAGGUCCUUUCGGUGGACCUCCUUCAGCAAACCAGAGAAACCAGGAACCUGACGUGGAUCUUAAAGCAAAUGAUUCCCUGAACAAGACGGAAAGCAAACAAAAGAGACGGAGUGUCCUGGAUGAUAUCAAAGUCCCGCGCUGUUACCUCAACAAGCAGCUGGCGACCGUGCGGGUGCUGAAGGGGGACCCGGCUGAGCUGUCCUGCACCGUCAGCAGGGACAACGUGACAGGAACCUGGUUCAAGGAUGGCCUAAAGUUAACAAGCAUGGAUGGUGUCGUAUUUGAAAAGAAAGGUCUUGUCCACAAACUGAUCAUCAACAAGGUUGAAGAUAUUCAUGCUGGGAAAUACAGGUUUGAAGGUGGAGAUGUAAAAACUGAAGCUUCAAUUUUUGUUGAAGAUCCUCCCCAGGUGGACAAAGUUCUCCUCAAGAACUUGACCAGUGUCCCCACGGUGGCCAAGGCUGGGGAGGGGGUGAAGCUGCGGAUCCCAUUCGAGGGUCGGGGGCCCAUCAGGGCAGCGUGGCUGAAGGACAGGAUGGAGCUGGGCGAUGACUCCAGGAUCCGUGUGGACAAGACAGACACCUGCACCACGCUGUCCAUCUCCAGCUGCGACAGGAGGGACUGUGGGGAUUACAAAGUCAGGCUCAAGAACGACAGUGGUGUCCUGGAGAUCAACCUAAAGCUCAUGGUGAUAGACAAGCCACAGCCUCCAGCAGGACCCAUCAAAAUUGUUGAAAGCUCCGCCAACAACAUCACAAUCCAGUGGAAGCCCCCAAAGGACGACGGGGGCAAACCAGUGCAGAGGUACCUCGUGGAGAGGCAGCAGGUGGGCAGGAACGACUGGGAGGCUCUGGGAGAAACCCCCAGGAGCUGCACCAGCUUCACCACAAACAAAGUGGAGGAAGAGAUGAGCUACUACUUCAGGGUGAGGGCCGUGAAUGCCGAGGGAGUGAGCGAUGCGCUGGAGUCAGGGGAAGUGAAGGCUGCCGGUAAAGGUUCCCCUGGUGCCCCAGAUCGCCCUGAGAUCAUCAGUGCCAGCAAGGACACCAUCACCAUAUCCUGGAAAGCUCCUUGUAAAACCGGCACUUCCCAAAUUAAGGGAUACAUUGUUCAGAAACGCAAAAAGGGCACAGUGACCUGGCUGCCCGUCACCAACGCGCCUGUCAAAGACAAGAAACUGAAGGUGACAGGCCUCAAGAAGGGUGUGCAGUAUGAGUUCCGUGUGGCAGCUGUCAAUGCUGCUGGCACAGGAGAGCCCAGUGACCCCUCAGAGCCUGCCUUUGCCCGGGACCCCACCAAAUCUCCAGGCCAAGUGCAGGACCUUAAAGUGAGCAGCAGUGACAGCACCAGUGUCACCCUGACAUGGAACAAACCUGAAGUACAAGAUGGGAAUGAUGUGAAAGGCUAUGAGGUGGAGAUGAGGCCCUGUAACAGCCUCAGCUGGACCAAGUGCUUCACCCUCCCUGCCGGGAGCACCUCGUGCCGGGUGCAGGGCCUGCAGGCCAGGGAGAAGCUGUUCCUGCGCGUCAGGGCCCUCGGCGACGGCGGCCCCGGGGAGGCCACGGAGCUGGAGGCGUGUGCUGGAGCUGCUGCUGCUGCCCUGGUUCCUCCCAGGUUCCUGAUAGAUGACACAAUGAAAAGCUUCCUGCUUAUAAAAGCAGGGGAUCCCAUCCGGGUGAAGAUUCCCUUUGAGGGAUCUCCCGAGCCGGCGGUGACGUGGCUGAAGGACGGGCUGCCCCUGCCCGGCCGCGCUGCCGUGAGCACCGGGGAGGGGAGCAGCCAGCUCCUGCUGCGGGCAGCCGAGCCCGGCGACAGCGGCACCUACACUGUGGAGCUCGGGGAUGGGCUGGGCAAAAGCGAAACCUUCAGCUUCCAGGUUCAAGUCACAGAUGUCCCUCAGCCCCCUGGAGCCAUCCAGCUGGAGGAGAAUGUCCCCAACACAGUGACAGUGACCUGGGAGCCCUCAGCCUCUGAGCAGUGGGAGAAGAACCUGUACUACACUGUCCUGAAACGGGAGUCCCAGAAGGGCCUGUGGCAUGUGCUGGGGGACCUGAUCUACAACAACAAGUUCACCUUCACCAGGGUGGUCCCAGGCAGGGAUUAUUACUUCAGGGUUGUGGCAAAAAAUGACGUGGGAGCCAGUGAUCCAUCAGAGACUGUGCAGCCCUGGAGGAUCUGGAAAAAAAAGGCUGAAUUUCGAGUGAAAGCACAGAAAUACAGGGGAGUUAACCAGAACCAGCCCCCAAGGUUCCUGGUGCCGCUGAAGUGCCACGUGGUGGUGACAGGCAGCGAGUGCCACAUGAGCUGUGCUGUGGGAGGCCAUCCCCCACCAAAAGUCACUUGGUACAAGGACAGCAGAGACCUCUCCAGAGAUCCCAACUACUUCUGCACCAACGACUUCGGCGUGUGCUCGCUGGUGGUGCUGGGGGUCACCAAGCAGGACGAGGGCGAGUACAUGGUGGAAGCCAGCAAUGAAGUGGGCCGUGCCUUCAGCAAAGCCUUCCUCGCCAUCAAAGACUCCUCCCUGUAGCGUGGCCCUGCUGAGAACAUCCCUGCCUGGCUCCAAGGAUGGGAAGGUUUUGGUGAGGACUUGUCCAUAUGAAGGCUGUGCAUUUAUUGUCAGAUGUUCUUCACAGUCUGAGGGUGUUAUUUUUCAGAUCCAGUGAUUGCAUAUUGAACAGGAUGCUGCAUUGCCAUCAAUACUGGGGGGAAAAAGCUUUAAGAGCACUGUAUGGGUUUUUUUUAAUAAUCAGGCUAUCUAUGAGACCUUUAAAACGCAGCUUAGAAGCUUAAGGAACACAGAAAAUGAGAGGAAAAAUAAUUGGCCAAAUUGAAACUUUCAGUGGUGGGAGAGACCAUCCUGCCACAGCAUUCACCCACAACAAGGACCUUGCUGGACAUCAGGGAUCUCUGGUCCUUUCACAUAUGCUUUUUCAAGCCAUUGGAUUCCAUGUGAUUCUCUGCAAGUUUCCCAAAUCGGGCAAAAGCAGCUCUGCAUAUGUUCUACUACCAGUAGCUGCUAAGUAGAUUAUCUUCCCUAACCCCAAAGUUUAAAAGAUAUCUGCCUGCUCAUUUUGUCUGGGCAGGAGAUGAAAUCUCACACCAUCCUGGCAUGGGCCAGGUGAGGCUCCCAGUGCAAGUGCUCUGGUGGGAAGGACUGGCAGUCUACAAGCAGUGUGUGAGCACAGCAACUCCCCAAACCCUCAGCAUGUGCUGCACAAAGUCUGUGCCAGUCCUGCAUCACCCCCAGCAUCACCUGUGCACCCAACUGCCCCUGGCCACGGCACUGCUUUGCCUCGAGCAAAAGAGGUGGAAAAUCCAUCCUGGGUGAGCAGAAACCCGAGGGGCUCCCAGGCACCUCCUGCCAUGGCCAGGGGCUCCCAGCACCGGGCCUGGACAGCAGAAUGUUGUGGCGGCUGUGGGAGGGUCACAACCAAGGCGCCAAGGGUACUUCGUGACAGGAGAGAGCAGAGCCAACAGCGGGGCGGGAAUGUU